GCAAGAGGCUCCAGCUCAUUUGCAGUCGAGAAGCCAGGGCUAAAGCAAUGUAGACACAGCACCAUAUGUCCAAACAAACGCUCAACACAAGCAAUAGCAUGGCUUUGGAGCAGCCACGUGGGGCCUUUGGAAAGGUCUCCAUUGUCUUUGCAACCAAGCUCAAGUCAUUUACCUUCCUGCCAGUUCUGAAAAAGCUGCCUACAGAAAACAGGGUUAAAUCAGUGUGGAAGAAAGGGUCAAGUAAACGGAAUGAGGCUUUGGGAGACCAUGAGGCUGCAGAAGGGAAAACAUUUGAUGAAGGUACUUUCAAUGCCAAAGUUGUCUACGUUAGUGACAUGGAGCCCCAAGAGAUGACCAAGCACUCUGAAACUCAGCAGAAAUCUACUACCAAGUCAGCUAUUGCCCCAUUGCCUAUCCCAGCUGUGGCUCAUGGUGAAAUAAGCUGCACAAGCCCAAAGACUCACCCUGGCACCCUGGACACAGUUGAUAAUAAACAUUCAAGGACCCCCCAGCUAGGGUGUCACAACACUGAAGCUGAGGUCAGCUCAGGGCUGAUUUUAGACAGUGAGUCUCAGAGAGAGGAGGAGGUCCUGAGCCCAGUCAGCUCUGUGGACAUUUUUACAUCUCCUUUCUCUUCUAAAGAGUCCAUCCUCUCUGAGGGCUGGGAGCAGGAAACAGGCUGGUCUGCGCUCCAAAUGCUAUCUCCCAGUGGUUCUGUCUCCCCCUGUUCAUCUGUGAGGUCAGGGGCUUUUACCCCAUCAGUACUGAGAAUCAAAUGCCACAAACUUGCCCCAGGCUCCUGCCUAAUGCAGAUGCCGCUUACCUCCUGCCAGACACUUGGUUGCAACAGACAUAUCACCUCACCAUGCCCCUUGUCCACCCGUGCCCGACACAGGCCCCCACCCACACAACUGUCACUGUUAACGGCCAUCUUGAGGAAGGGCCGUUUACCAGUCCUUUCUUCUGCCUUGCAGAGGCCCUACUCUCCUUGUUGGCCCAUUAGCCCAGUCAACAUGUCCUCCUGUUUGGCCUGUUCGGCGGCUUCAAAUGUAGCUCCUAUGGUGGGCUUACGAGCAAAGUCAUGUUUGUCUAAAGGCAAAAAUUGUACAGAGCUCAGUUGCAAAGCACGGCCAAAGCCACCAGGUUUAAUUUCUAAGACAGAGCCUGUGUCACCCAAGGACCAGAACAAGGGAAGGCGCUCAUUAACAGCAGUAGAAACAUCAGAUGCAAUUGACUCUAACACAAAUGCAGCCAGAAGUAGGAUUAUUUCGAUGCCAGAAGGAAUAAGUUCUUUGACCAUGUCAAGUUACUCUCCUUCUGAGCCUCCUCCAGCACAUUUAUCCAAACAGUCCCAUAAAGAUAUUCAUGUAUCCACAGAUCCCAGCUUGAUGCUUGGUUCACCUUCCUCUAGACUAAUGUCUUUAUCUCCUGAAUCCAAUUUAGACCAAGGAAAUGGACACAAAUCAAAUGACACAUCUCCUAUUGUAAGAAAAACAAAACCUUGUCAGGCAUCAUCCUCUGAUUUGAAACUUGUGCAGAUGGCACAUGAACGUUCUCCUACCCCUGAUCACAAACCCAUUCAACAGUCUCAAGACAUCUUAGCUUCAGCAGUCCCAAAGUACAUAGAUGUCAGACCAGGCUCACAUUUGCGAAAUUACAGGAAAAUCUCUCAAGAGCUAGAGAAAAUUCAUUCAGUAUCCCCAGUUUUUCAACAUUCUCCUUCCCCAAGGGUUGCUGGCCUCACCCAUCUUGCUGACACACCUUCUAUUUCACCUGUCCUCCUCUCACCGAGGCCAGGCUCCUGCACUUCUACAUCAGGCUGCAACACAUUGUCUUCAUCUCCAGCAGUCCCCUAUCAUCAUCUCUCCCCUUCUCCCUCUUACUCACUCUGUUCCUCACCUACUCCAUCCCAAAGGGACAGUACUCCAGACUGCAUAGACAGGGGUAGCAAAAAGCCAUACAAGAUCAAGUCCACCUACAAGGCUCUUGCUGCUAUUCCAACAAAUACUCUCCUUCUGGAACAGCAGGCAAUUGAUGAUGAGGUUGAUAAGAAUAAUGCUCCUCUGGACCCUAGUGACAGUUUUGCAUGGGAGGACCCUCAUUCUCAGAUGUGCAGCCCUGCCCAGCUCCGACAGCAGUCCAAAGAGCUUUAUCAAGUGAUUGAUGAAGUAUUAAAGGACACAAACCAAGCAAGACCCUCAAGUUCUACUAACAAACUCACUGCAAAGUCUGUGGCAUCUGAAGCAACAAGGAAACUAACACCAUCGCCAAGAUCUUUAGGACGAGAAACAAAAUAUGCUACUUUUCAUCUCCAACCCCCUGCACAUGCUGAAAAAACACUGACAAAGCCUGGGGUUAUAAGACCAGCCAUAGUUAUGUCAAGAUUAGAUGAUGACAAAGAGAAAAGCUGUUUUUCAAAUACAUAUCAAAAACAACAAGAUAGAUUCUCCACUGACCACCAGAACAAUAUUGCCAGCAGUACGUUGUCCACAAAGGAUGAGCCUCAUGGAAGAGGAGAUUUGGAAGGGGAGAAGGAGUCCUCUGAAGUACGUGAGAAGUGUAUGUCAAGCUCAAUACUCGUGAAGAAUCAGGCCAGGGAAUACAGCACUCCAUCGCCAAGAGGCAUGUCUCUAUAACGUGUCCCCACCACUGUAAAGCCCUUGAAGGGUGAAAAUGGAAACCAAUGAUAGUAAUAUUGAAGUGUUCACACAGAAUGUGUUAGACAAAGAAAGAAAGAAAGAAAGAAAGAAAGAAAGAAAGAAAGAAAGAAUGAAAUGUAACCUCUGGCAUUGUGUAAUCACACAGUUCAAUAUCAUUGUUAUUUGGAAAUGUGAUUUUAAUGUAAUAUUUCUGUUGAUUAAGUAAGCAAGAAGCGCUUGUCACUUUUUAAAGGCUGUUAUAUCGCAAUGCAUUUAUGAGGAUCAGAGAAUUUAGAAACUGUUUUGUACUAUUUGCUCUCUUCAGCCUUUUUCUACCGUCUAAUUUCUUCGGCUUUUGUUUCUACACAGCUACUCUAUUCAGUACUUUACUGCGGUGUUCUCCAAAUCUGUCCUUAGGGCCCCAAAUGGUCCACAGUUUGCUCUCUCACAGAUCCUUGGCGCAAGGAUGGCUUGUAAUAAUGUUUAUAUUAAAUUUGAUGAAUUUGCUGAUUUAACACUUUCAUGGAUUGAAAGGAACACAUACACAGGCAAGAAAAAGUAUGUGAACCUUUUGGAAUUUCAUGGUUUUCUGAAUAAAUUUGUCAUAAAAUGUGAUCUGAUCAUCUAAGUCAAGGGAAUUGACAAAUAUAAUUUGCCUAAAAUAAUAACACAAAAUAAAACCUGACUCCAAUUAGCUUUUUUCAGGUCAUUAACUCAAGGGUUCACAUACUUUUUCCACAGGCACUAUGAGGUUUUUUUGGUUUUUCUCAAUAAAGACAUGAAAGAUCAGAAUUUAUUUUGUGUUAUUAUUUUAGACACAUUAUUAUUUGUCGAUACCCUUGACUUAGAUGAAGAUCAGAUCACAUUUUAUGACAAAUUUAUGCAGAAAACCAUGAAAUUCCAAAAGGUUCACAUACUUUUUCUUACCACUGUAUAUACAGAAUGUAUAUGCUGUAAAAUUAAUUCCCAAAAACAUACAUCCAGAAGAAUUUCUCCUAUUUGUGAUAUUUUUAGAUUUUUAACUACACUGUAAAACUGCACACUGAAGUUCAUUUAAUUAAAAAAAAACUUGAGGAAACUAAUUACCUCAAUUUCUUUAAGACAAAUACACUUAAAUAUAACAAAAAUUUAACUAAAACUUUGUCAUUUAAAAUUAUUUUUUGUUAUAUUUAAGUGUAUUUGGCUUAAAGAAAUUGAUUCAUCAACUUAGAAAAUUUUGAGGUAAUUAGUUACUAUAGCUUCAAGAACUCUUUGUGCAUUUGGAAACAUACAGUUGAGGUCAUAAGCUUGCAUGUACAUUGCAGAAGGCAACACAAUAUAUUAAGAGCCAGGGGGUGUAAAAUAUUGAACAGGAUGAUUGGUGUAACUUGUUAUUAUUUUGUUUAAGUAUCUUACUUUUUCAUUUAGUACUUCCCUUCAAAAGCUACAUGAGAUAUUUACAUGUUUCCCAGAAGAUAAAAUAAUAGCAACUGAAUACACCUCAGAAUUCCCAGAAUACACCUCAGCCUACUAACAUGGCUGCCAUGGACUACAACUCCCAACCCAGCACACACAAUAACUGGAGUUCUAACCCCCCCCAUACACACACCACCCUUUAUAAGGGACUUUUCAUUCACAAAGACUUUUCGAAGUCUAUGUUCAGAGGUUUUUGUUUCUGUCAAAUCAAGCUGUUUUUUGUAAUCAUUAUUGUGUCUUUGUUUUUUGGGGGGGUUUUGGUAUUCUGUCUAUUCUCGACUCCACUUUACUGCCCAUCCUAAUCCAGUCUGAUUAUCUGAUCACCUGACCCUUGCCUGAUUACUGUUCAUGCUUUUGCUCGACAAUUUGGUUUUUGAUAUUUCAUUAAUGUUGCCUUACCUGCAAUUGUGUCCGUCUGAUCCUCCAUUACAUGACAACACCAUUCAACCCCCCCCCCCCCCCCCCCAAGCGCAUCGUGUUAUUGAUAAUCAGUGCGUGUUUGCACCUUUUGUAAUAGUUGUGUACGAGUCCCUCAGUUGUCCUUGGUGUGCAAAGAUGGAUCUCAACAUCAUAUAGCCGCUGUUAGAAAGGGGUCAAAUAAUUUAAAAAAAUGAAAAGAUUCUUCCGAAGAACUGUGGGUGUUUUAACUGCUCAGGACAAACAAAGGACUCAUGAACAACUAUCACAAAACAUAAAUAGAGUCAUGGAUCAUCCAGGAUUGAUUAAGAAUCAAGCGUGUGUAAACUUUUGAACUGGUUCACUUGAGUAAAUUCAGUUAUUAUUGUGUCUUGUGUACUAUAUGUGAGCAUCUGUUAUGUGAAAUAGCUUAUUCAGGGCAGCACUAAACAAAAUUAAAAAACAAAAUGCAAUUUUUAUGAUCUCUUAUUUAAAAAAGAAAUUAACAUUUUACGGAUUCUGCAAGGCAUAUAUAAAGUUUUUCACUUUUCACUUUUCACUAGCCUUCUUGCUAGUAUGUAUUCAGCAUGUAUCUGAUAUAUUUGCCACCAUUAAGCACUCUGGCGUUGGUUUUUGGGCGCGUCUGUGCGUUCCACAAAAGUAAAGCUGACAGAUUUUGUGUAAACUGCUCAGUUUUCAAAUAGCAUGGCAUCACACACUGUCAGUGGGUCCUGAUUGCUUUGCUAUGAAAGUGAAGUUUCAAGUGGUGAGUAGUUGUGUCUAUCUGUCUGCCAAAUUUCAAAGCCAUCAGUUCCCAGCAGCGAACACAAUGGACCCAAUUACUCUGAUAUUUGUAGCACCUGCAGAUUUAGAGAUUCAGACUCAGUAUGUUCCAUGCCUGACAGAAGAGCCGCUGAAUGCUGCAGCCCCAUUAAUUACUUAUUUAUGCUCAAAGCUAACCGACGUUGACAGGCUUAUGCUAAUUAAAAUGUUUGGUUUGAGCAUCCGAUUGCUGUAAGCCUUAUAAGAUUACUGUUAAGACCUGAGCAUCUGUGCUCACUUUUCUUCUAUGGUUUUUUGCCACCAUCUGCUUCUCGGGCAAAUUCAGCUUUAGCUAACGCGUCAACAUUAUUAAUUUAGUCUCGUACAAAUGUGUCCUAAGUGUUAGAAUUGUAAUUCUAGGAGUAUUGAGCUACUUGUGGUCUGUUAUUCCAGUUGAACUGUAAGACGCUUUGUGCAUGGUGGAGUUGUUGAACCAAUAUUAGUAUCAUUACUGGUGAUUAGUAUUAGUAUUAGUAUUAGUAUUAGUAUUAGUAAUCAGACAUAAAUCAGAUAAUUAGUUCAAUAGAGUCCAUCUGUGUGCAAUUAAGGUGUCACAAAUACACCUGUUCUUGGAAGGCCCCAGAGUGUGUACUUAAACAAACAGCAUUAUGAAAGCCAAGGAGCUAAUUAAGCAUUGAAGCAUAAUUCACUGAACAACAUACCGCAUGGAUCAUUUUAAUCUCUCAGAAAAAAGGUACCAAACUCUACCUUUCAUUGUCACUGGGGAGACAACCCCCAAGGGUACAGUACAUCUUUUGUACCUUUAUUUUAUAUCUUACCUGAAAAGGUGCACAUAAUGUACAUUUAAAGUAUUAUUCUAAAAAGGUGGCACGAGUGGCCCUUAGGGUCAAAUUAUGCAUCUUGAAUAAUUUCUAAAGCCACUCUACAUUCAUAUUGCCAUGUACACUUGAGGGUACCACCUGAGUGACAAUGAAAUGUGGUUUAGUUUUUUUUUUCCAGAGUGUAUCUUCUUCUCCUGUAGUUCUUUUUUUCUGGUCAUAGAUGCAAUAAUUUUUCAAAAAGAAAUAUACACUAAAGACCAACCCCUGCCCCCAUAUUUUUGCUGAUAUUUACAAUAUUGUGUUUAAUAAUUCAUUAUUCAUAGGACUUUAAUGUGCUCAAAGAGGUAGUGAGAGAGUUGAAUGGUGAGCUCACAUUAGAACAGAACUGCCUUGGCUAAUUAUUUAGAUAAGUAGAAUUUGUAGAACAGUAGCAUUCUUGUUUAUUAAAGCACAUCCCUGAUAAAAGCAGGCAAAUCGAAGCAAAAUAGUUCUGAGGCGGGUGAGAAGAGUGGUAGGGUAAAGUGCUGGGCACACACUAUAGGAAGUGGACUGCGUGACAACCUCAGAGAUAGCUCAUGAAAGACUAGUGAAGACAUUAGCAUAAGCGAGUUGGAAAUGAGGGGGAAGGUGACAUUUCCAAACUGUUAGUAUUUCCUUGGAACACAAAUCAACAGAAUACUUUGCAUGAACAGCAGUUAUGAUUUAGGAAUACUAUAUUCACAGAAAAUGCCUGAGAAGGUGUGUAUGACAUAUUUAUAUGCAUAUAAAACAGAAUAUACUGUAUAGGAUGCUUCCUUUCACAUGAAGUGCAAUUAAACAGAAACUGCUAUUGAUCA